UUUUGGCCAUUAGCACGAACGGUAGUGGUGAACGCGCAYAAAUUGAAAAGUGAUAUACACACAGCACAGCUCGAUUCGACACAGURCUUAGUUCAACUUUAGACCAACGCUUGUUAAUCGAACUCCGUGAAGGAAAGUGUAGUGCGGAAGUACCUUCAACGUUAWCAUUGCAGCCUGGAGCCUUGCGGCAGCUGCUGUCUACACACAUCACCCAACAAAAUUCACUUUUGGCUGCCGUUAGCAGUGGCGGCACCUUUAAUUAGCAACGUUUCGCUGACUGAUUUGCGCAUGCGCAGCGCAUAAAAGCCGUCAAUCGCUGGCCAAAACAUCGAACGCUUAUCGAAAGCGAAAGUUUACUCUCGUCCAACAAGUGGGCGCUGGUCACUUUUGCAUCUUUUGCUUUUUUUUUUUUUUUGCUUUCUUGAUCUCACUUGUGUCGUUUUUUGUGAAAUUCGCUUGCAAUUAAAUUACCUUGAACUGUGUUUAUUGCCAAAAUUGCUUCGUUUAMGCCCGUGUUGUCUGUGUAAUGCGUSAAAUWCAUUCGCAAAGUGUGCGCUAAAAAACAAAAUCAAAACCAAGUGUGCAUUAAAAGCGUAAAAGUGAAAUUUACCGUUAAUCGUAAAGCGAAAACAAUUCCAAAAACUAAUAGCAAAAUUGUGCUGCGUCUGCUUGUGCGCCAAAAUGCCUUCGACCGCGCAUCCUCGCUUCAUCUUUUAUCUGCUCUGUGCCGCCUCGCUGCUCGCCGUGGCACGCUCCGAUCCCACCGGCACUCGCAAUCAGCGUCGCUAUGAAGACUCAGAAGAAGAUAUCGCCUAUGAAGCAGCGAAGCAAUUGGGCCAAUUAAACUAUCGUCUCAACCWGCUGGCCUUCGAAGAGCAAUCCCGGCAAAUAUCUCUACCAAAUAUCACUAUUAAUAAUCUCGUAAGCCGCAUACCCUGCACCUGUGACAAGGGUAUAUGCAAGUGCUGUGCUGGAUUCCUCUCUGUAAUCGGCUUAAAUAGCUGCACCGAGGUCGUCUAUCGACCCGACGAAUUCUCUUUCGAGUUGCGCAUGCGUGUCAAUAAUAAUGUUUGGUUCAAACGUAAGGUCUCCGGUCAGAACCCGCCGCCAUUUUGCUUCCGUCCGCCACGUUUCAACUUUGCUAGGGCCUGUAUACAGUUCCAUGACAUCUGGUUUGUGGGACGAAAUAUGCAUGUCUGCAUGUAUUUGUCGGGUUCAUUUCAAGGCUACGAGCUAUUCGAACGCAACUUCGAUUGUCUACUCUUCGGCGAUAAGGGCGUGAAAAUUGUUAAACCCGAGGACGGCUAUCCUGUGCGUCCCACAGACGUGGAUAUCGAUGAUGGUGAUGAUGAAAUCGAGGAGUAUGAUGAGAAUGUGGUGCGCCGAAGACGAAACAGUCGUCUGAGUAAAGUAAUGCGUUCGAGAGAUGAGGCCUAAUCUAUUCAUAUUAUAUUUCUCAUGCCAUUCUCAUGACUGAUAAACUUAUCUWAAAUUAUUUUCUAUUUUAUAUCUAAAUUAGCUAGUUUUACAUCUAAAUUAUUUUAUACCACAACACCAUGCAUAUAAACUCAUUGUGUUUCAAUGCUUUAUUAAGGGUCUACAAGAACGGAAGCUUUGAACGGAAUCCGAAAAAGUUUGUUUGAUCAUUGUUUUCUCCAACCAGUUAAUUAUUAAUUAUCGAUUUCUUUCGGGACUGUCCAUUUUUCGGACAUUAAACACAUAUUACCGUAAGAACUUAACGAAUCAAAGAAGAAAGUUAGAUUGUCCAGAAAAUAACCUUUGKUCGAAUUAAAUAUGGAUCAAUUCCGGUAAAAGGACCAGAUCACAACUCCGUAAAGCGAAUUUCGGGUAUGCUUACAUACAACCAGGAAAUAAACGUCCAUUAUCGUGAAAGGCAUCGACCCCUCUAUUAAACUUUCCUACCGUUAAUGACAUUCUAGGCGUCAAAUCUUCACCUAUCGCGGGAUAAGGGCUGCAGUUGUUUCGAGAAACAACAAAAUGAUGAAAUUGUAUUAAUGUGAGACGAAAUUUUAGAAGGAAAUUACAACUACCUUUUGUUUUACAUUCUCAGAGAGCUCUAUUCCAAGAUUACUAGAAUUUAGAUAUGCCGACUUAUGGAUAGUUUUUCUCCACCGGCGACUCUGGACUUACAUACACUCGUAGGAGUAUACAUGAAAUCUGGUCAGAAGGCAACCAUAUAUUCGGAAAGUCAGGCCGAAUUGCUGGCCUUAUCGAUGCCAAAGAUUAAUUCCAGCGUAGUCAAAAAUUGCAGGAAUCAUUUAAACUCACUGGCAGGUCAACUACACUUGUCCAUAAUUUGGGGGCCCAUUUCAGCAUUUUCCGCAACGAAAAAGCAGACGAGGUAGUCAAGCCAAGAACCAUUUUGGACGAACCCGAGACGGUGUGAAUAUCAUGCCCACCGGGAAAUAUCCAGAGAGAGCAYUAUACGCAUUUUGAACAAAUAGUUGAGAUCAGGUGGAAAUAAUCCAUAAACAGCCCAGAAAUAGUAUAUACAGACUUCCAGCUACCAUAACGCGACCAAAGAACAGACCUCUUUAAAMAGAUGCCUUAAAAAUGUUGCCGACUUAUAACAAUACUUGCUUGCUAUGUACUAGUUAGAAGGAUUACAUAUUUCCAUUUCGCUAACUUCUCUUUCAUUCCCAGCUAUAUUACAAACUCACACAGAAUACUUGAAACCCAUCAGGCCCACCRAACCUUGAAUGGCUGUCCACAAGAAGCAUAGUGGAUAUAAGUAGUUUCAUAGAGAACACCAAAUGGGUGGAACGCAAGGAUUGAACGAGGUAGCAAGUUUAUAAAGUUCAUACAAUCUUGUAUCAAAAUGSAGAUAGAUUUAUUUCUAUAUAUUUAUUUCUUAGAAACAGCAAGAGCUUUAAAGGCUGCCAUUAGAACUGCUUAUUGAGCAAGAACGUGUUUCAUACCCAAAAUAUCCACCAAAAUCAUUCGAACGCACWYGCGAGRGAACUCGAGCUCUCUUGCCAUCUCUGUAACACUWGCCCAAUGAUUUKCAAAUACCAUGUUCUUCACUUUUUUAAUAUUAUCAUCAGUUCAAGGUGUCGAAGGACGUACAGAAUGAGGUAAAAAUACCAAACAGACUUAAAAAUUAAGACAUCGGUUAGAAAAAGUGCAGUGUUUGAAAA